CGCCUCGGACGCGCGCGAGCUUAGGUACUAGGAAAAGCUUAGUGAGUUAGUUAGCCUGCUGCUGUUGCUUCAGCUGGCUGUGUUAAAUAAAUCUCUCUAGGCAACGAGACAAUCAGUUCACAAUCGAUUGGCUUCCUCUUGACUUGAUAGUUAACUCAUUCGGUCGGGUUGAUUCAACUUCUCGGCGCAAUCUAAAGAAAGUAAGUCGUACGACACAUUCCUAUGAGUGAUAAAAAUAGCCUUCUUUGAUCGGUGCUCCAAGUUUGGCGUCCAAAGUGUUCUUUGAUUCAAAUGUGCAGGGAUCGACUAUUUUGAAUAGUGAAGACGACGACGCGCAGCUGUUGAUAAGUUGAAGCUCGGAAAUUGUCUACGUCAGAAAGAGCAGUCUUGAUAAGAAAGAUGACGACCAGCACCGGUGAGCUAUGGGGUCUGGCCUUUAUGACAUUCUUCAUCAUCACCCUCUCGUCGACCGCUCGGUAUUACUUCAAAUUCUUCUGCUUCGUGGUGCUGUCACUGAUCAGCGCCGUGGGCCCGGUACCGUUCAUGUUGCUCCGACCCCGGGACUACCGGAACGCACUCUUUCCGGCGAUGCUUUGCCGAGGCUAUGGUCGAAUUUUGGGCGCUUCCUUUGAGGUGCGGGGACAGGAAAACGUCAACCGAACGCACGGAGGUGUGGUGCUGGUUAACCACCAGAGUGCGCUGGAUCUCAUUGUGUUGUCGUACAUUUGGCCACUUGUAGGUCGAGCCACCGUAGUCGCCAAGAGGGAAGUACUGUACCUGUUUCCGUUCGGUUCCGCAAGCUGGCUUUGGGGAACGCUCUUCAUCGAUCGGCAGAACCAACGGUCUGCCAAAACUGCCAUAAACAAGGAAGCAACUGCCAUAAACGAGAAACAGGCGAAAAUUUUAUUCUUCCCGGAGGGAACACGAGGAGAUGGACAUAAUUUGUUGCCAUUCAAAAAGGGCUCAUUCCACGUGGCCAUUGAGUCCCAGAGCGUCAUCCAGCCGGUGGUUGUGAGCAAGUACCAUUUUCUAAACUGGAGGGCAAAGGUCUUUGGCCGCGGCCACAAUAUCAUAAAAAUCUUGCCCGAAAUUUCCUGUGCCGGACUGACCAAGGACGAUAUGCCCCAGCUGAUGGAACGGGUACAUAAGCUUAUGCAGGCCGAGUAUGAGGCGCUGAGUGAUGAAUCUUUGGCGAUUAAUAAUCUCAGCAAGAGUUCCUGAGCUUCGAAAACGGCGGCCUUUCCAUGAAUGAAAAGGCAGCUAGACAAUAACAGGAUGGUUUCUUUCAGCCCCGGGGAUACACUUCAAUUUCCGGCACUGUCUUCUUGUUCCGUGUUUAAGAAACGGCAAAUAUAAAAUUUCAAGUGGAGGAGUGCUGUAAAACAGAACAAAAAUAACUUACCAUCAAAAGCGUGCUCUUUUCAUUUAGGCUCGUGCUAGAGUUAUUGCGAUAAAUGAAGGCAGCACUCAAAGUCAACGGUAAAUUUUUCGCACAAAAUAGAAGAAAUUAAGAGUUGAAAACAAACGCUCAAAAGGGAAAAAUUAAUUUUUCAUCCACAAUCCUGUAAAUUGUUCCAAAGAAAGUCCUUCCAUUCUAAAAGCGGAAAUGACGCAACGUACCACCAAUCAAUGGAAAACGAAAGCCUCACCGACAAGUUGCUUUCAUAAUUUUAGCUUUAUUCCUGUAGAUAAGUUUAAAGAACGCGAAAACGAAAGUCAAGGAUUGAAAUAAUUUGAAUGUUUCCAGAUAAGAAAACUACUGGAGUAAUCAAAGGGAGUGGAAUGUGUCUUACAAAUAUUAAAAAAAAUCUACAAAUACAAAAUUCAAAACGGGUAGAAUAGCAUGUUAGAUCCUCAAAGCAAUCAAUGACACGUGAAUCAAAUGUUCCUGAAUUAAAUGAUCGUAUGAAUGAUAAUCUUUUAACAAAAUUAGAGAAAAUAUUCGUUUUUAUUAGAUUCUUAAAAAGUGAGAAUAUUGCAUGUACCUAUAGAUUAUUGUAAUAUACAAAAUGUGUACAUCUAAAGCUCUUGAUAGUUAUAAAAAAAUUUUAACUUUAGAAAA